AUGGGAAAAGUAGAUGGAUUCCAUUUAAUGAUAGUGGCCAAACACUUUAACAUAAUACAAGACUUUAUCAAUGUUCAAUUGGUAUGUAAAAAAUACAAAGAGACUCUCAUGAAAUUUCACUACAAUCCAAUUCCAAUUAAUUUCAGAACUCGAAAAUAUUUUCCCAACCUUGAAACACAACAUUUAUUUUCAAAGAAAAAUGAAAGGUACAAAAAUGGCAAAAUAGUGAAGUACAAAAUAUUAUAUCCAAUUAGUGAGAAAAAAUACAUUCGUGAAAAAAAGAAGUCUAAUAUAGCAAACUGUGUUGUGUUUAAAUCCGAAAACUCUAUAACAAAUGCUUUAAAUUUGGAUUUAGAAAAGAACCCAAACUAUUUCACAAGUUAUGGGUACGAAUUAUUUAGUCACAACACAUCUUGUACAAACUUAACAAUUCCUUCAAAUAUCACAGCACUUGGAAUGUGCUGUUUUUAUAGAUGUGAAAAUUUGAAAUCUAUAAAAAUCACUGGAGAUGUCCAAGUAAUCCCCAAACAUUGUUUUGUGUUUUGUCAGUGGUUGACUCAUGUAGAACUUCCAAACACACUUUAUGCACUCCGGGCAGACUCAUUUGCAUUUUGUGAUGCUCUCAAGACAAUUCGACUUCCAGACAACUUGAAAGUGCUUGCAGCAAAAUCUUUCUCGCAUUGCACCAACCUUGAAAGCAUUGUAAUUCCAAGUCAAGUUGUUUCUAUUCCAAAAAAUUGCUUUGAAAAUUGCAAGUCGCUCACUUCAGUGAUUUUGCCACCAAAUUUAGAGAAGAUAUCAAAGUGGGCGUUCAAAAACAGUGGACUCAAUGAAAUCGAGUUACCGCCCACUCUUACACAACUCGGUAUAAAGUGUUUCUCAGACUGCUUUUAUUUGUCACACAUUUCUACGUCACUCGAAGAGUGUCGAAAAACAGGAGUUUGUACUGUGCCAAGUAAAAUCAGUGAAUUGAAAUUGAAGUGUUUUGAAUGCUGCAAUUUUAGUGCUUUUUAUAUCCCUUCCAAUGUAGUGGUUGUGGAAGAAAAGUGUUUUUAUUGCUGCGAUAAUAUGACGUCACUCACUGUCGAGGAAGGGAUUAUGUCUAUUGAUCCUUCAUAUACAAGUGGAUGUAAUGAACUUGGGGAUAUCGUAUUGCUUUCAAAAGACGUAAAAAUGGGUAGUAUUUGA